CUGGGGAUCAACCCCAGGGCCUGGUGCCUGCUCAGCCAGGGCUUCCUGCUGAGCCCAGCCCCAGCCCAGGGCCAGCAUUUCUGGUCCAUGCUCCAGAUGCCACAGUAGAGAAGACCCCCGAAUCAUACCAUCUUUCCCCCCAAGCCCUCACCCUGUGGCCCUUUCCCCUGACCAGAGGGGGAACAGGGAAGAACAUGGGGAUGGAAUAGAACCUGCUCAGAGACUGAAUUGCAGAGCCAGCCCAGCUACUGGGCACCUCAGCCUCAUCUACAACAUGGAGACCCAGACCAUGUCCUAUGGAGCCCAGUGAGGGACGGAGAGAGCCGGAUCUCACACUGAGCAGCUGCAGUCGGAGGAAUCAGAGAAAGCGCCAGAAAGCGCCACCCAGCCCCAGAUUCCAAGGGGCCUGCUGGGGACUCUCCUCCCCCACCUCCUCCUCCUCCUCCUCUCCUCCUCCUCUUCGGGAAGGAAGACCCCGAGGGAGACUGCUAUCUCAUACCAGCUCCUGGGCUGCCAUGGGACUAGCAGCCACCGCCCCCCAGCUGUCCUCCUCACUGCCAGGCAGAUAGGGAGGCUGCUGCCCCAGGAGCACCUGCCUGAUCCCUGCUGCCUGGCACCUCCUUUGGGGACAGCCCUUUCCUGACUCGGUGGCCACCUUUUCUGACACGUGGCCAUGUAGGCCCUGCUCAGGCUCCUGUGGACACACCGCUGGGGACAGCACCUCUGCUCUUGGGGAAGCCAGUGCACCACCAUGCCCCGGGGAUUCACCUGGCUGCGCUAUCUUGGGAUCCUCCUUGGUGUGGCCUUGGGGAAUGAGGGUUUGGAGGUGUGGCCCUUGACCCAGAAUAAGGAGUGCACCGUCACAGGCUUCCUUCGGGACAAGCUGCAGUACAGGAACCGGCUUCAGUACAUGAAACACUACUUCCCCAUCAACUACAGGAUCGGCGUGCCUUACGAGGGGGUGCUCAGGAUCGCCAACAUCACCAGGCUGGUCCUGCUGUUGUCCAGGGGCCUUUCAUCAGUCCCUCAACAGAAGGCGCGGGUGAGCGAGCAGGAGCAGCGGUAUCUGUGGGUCUUGGUGAGUCUCAGUGCCACCGAGUCGGUGCAGGACGUGCUGCUCGAGGGCCACCCGUCCUGGAAGUACAUGCAGGAGGUUCAGACGCUGCUGCUCAACAUCAAACAGGGCCUCCCGGAUGUGGAGAUCAGCCCUAAGGUGGAAGAGGUGUUGUCCCUCCUGAAUGUGCCAGGUCGGAGCCUGAAGCUGGUGCGGCCCAAAGCCCUGAUGGACAACUGCUUCCGGGUCAUGGAGCUGCUGUACUGCUCUUGCUGUAAACACAGCUCCAUCCUGAAAUGGCAGGAGUGCGAGGUGCCAAGUCCUCAGCCCCGUACCUGGCAGUGUGAGGCCGCCCGGCUGUACCCCCCUCCCCAGCAGACCCCCACCUCCCUGCCCCACUCCCCUGGCUCAAGCACUGGACCCCAGGUCAGGGCACAGGGCGAGGACCCCUUGCCCUGAUGGGCCUGUGUGCUGACCCUGGGUGGGGACACCUGAGGACUUCCGGGAGCUGGACUAGGCCCGAGACUUUGCUGUGUGAUGGGGGUCCCCGCCGUGGGAGAGGCCCUUGGGGAAGGUGUUUUUCCCUCCGGGGGAUUCUGUGCCACCGUGGGCCUCAGCUUCCCACCUUUCGUACCUUCCUUGCUCUCACUUGGAGGGGUGGGGGUCAGGGAGACCUGGUGCCACCCCCUUGGCCUCCCCUGCCUGCAGGCGGUGCUGCCGUCUCCUGGGGCCACAGAGCCAGAGCAUCCCUGGGCAGGGACGGGGCCCACGUGGGAUUCUGGGACUCACACGGAGGCUUUCCAGCUGGACUGAUGGGGAGGGCUGUCCGAGGGCAGAGCCACAUGCCACAUCUUGCCACAGUGGAUGCUCUUCCAGAUCCUUUUUUUUCUAUUAAAUGCCCAUUUUGUUUGAUU